GGAAGUGGACUGUCCAGACCGGGUGACGUGUCCGGUAUAGACAGAGAUGGCCGCUCAGGGGGAAGUGGACGAGUUGUUUGAUGUGAAAAACUCUUUUUAUAUUGGAAGCUACCAGCAGAGUAUAAAUGAGGCUCAAAGAGUGAAGCCAUCAAGUCCAGAGAAGGAGGUGGAAAGGGAUGUAUUCCUGUUCAGAGCAUAUAUCGCACAGAAAAAAUACGGCGUUGUCCUGGAUGAAAUCCGCCCCAAUGCCAACUCAGAGUUGCAGGCUGUCCGAAUGUUUGCAGACUAUCUCUCCAGUGAAAGUCGCAGGGAUGCCAUCGUUUCUGAGCUGGACAAAAAAAUGGCUAAGAGUGUCGAUGUUACCAACACAACCUUCCUGCUCAUGGCAGCUUCAAUCUACUUUCAUGAUGGUAACACUGAUGCUGCUCUGCGAGCACUCCAUCAGGGAGACAGCUUAGAGUGCAUGGCCACAAAAAUCCAAAUACUGCUGAAACUUGAUAGACUUGAUUUGGCCAGGAAGGAAUUGAAGAAGAUGGUGGAUGUGGAUGAAGAUGCAACAUUAACGCAGCUGGCAACAGCCUGGGUCAACAUUGCUAUUGGUGGAGACAAACUUCAAGAUGCUUUCUACAUAUUCCAAGAGAUGUCUGACAAGUACUCUUCCACGCUGCUGCUGCUGAAUGGGCAGGCGACAUGUUAUAUGGGUCAGGGAAAGUGGGAGGAUGCAGAAGGAGUCCUGCAGGAAGCAUUGGACAAGGACAGCAGCCACCCAGAAACAUUAAUUAACUUCAUCGUCCUUACUCAGCACAUUGGUAAACCUCCAGAGGUCACCAAUCGCUAUUUGUCUCAGCUCAAGGACGGACACAGAAAUCAUCCUUUUAUAAAGGAAUUUCACGCAAAGGAGAAUGAAUUUGACCGGCUUGUCCUGCAGUAUGCCCCAAGCGUUUGAAGUUAACCAACAUUUUGUAUAUAACCUCUUGUCACUGUUUUCUGUUAUACAAAGUCUGUAUAUUGCAGAUUCAAAAGUUUCCUAUAAAUAUCUUUGAUUGCAAAAUAUGACAUCAAGCAGUGGAGUAGCAAAGCUAACUCCUAUCUGGCAUGGGGUUUGUAACUGUUAUAUUCUGCACUGACUCAGCUUUGAACAUUGGAGUCUGAGAUUAGUAGAUCUGUAAAGUGGGAGCAAUACAGGUAGUCCCCUGUCAAAAUGGUUCUGUUGGUUUUCUCUGUCAACAUUCCCUAUAAACGUAUUUUUAUUUCUCCGUC